AUGCGAGACGGCGAAGGACUCACGAACGGGUCUAUAAAUCCAGGAAAGACAGCGUUCGACAACGUGCAUGACGCCACUAUGGGCCACUUCCGCGGCAGACUCUACCCCUACAGCUGCUGGUGGAAGGACGCAUCCAGCUUCCCAGUGCGCAUAUCGACAGGAAAAACAGCACUGACGCUGUCAAUAUAUUUGAUAAGUAGAUAUAUCAUAAACAUUAAAAUGUGGUUUUGCAUGAUCUACAGCCGGAUGGUGCUGGUGCAUGGAUGGGUCAUGAGCCAGCGACUUUUUUGUCACUUUUCUGUCUGAGUUGGAAUAAACAAACAUUAAGAACAUGACCUUUCAAUUCCAUAGAGACCUCCACGGCAAGCGGAGAUUGUUCCAGUGCCACAGCCACAAGUCAUAAAUUUAUUGAUGCAAAUGAUCAAGAACAAGAAUAGUAUUCUGUGCAGCGUUUUUCUUUUUCGAUUCCGCAUCCAGGAGGGUUGCUACUACGCCUUCACUGCGGCUCUGACAGGAGCCUGGCAAAAUCCGAGGAGAGCGGAUCGGGAUUGCUGCGAAGAAGUGCCGGGCGAGAAGAAGUGCCGGCGGGUAGAGAACGCGCCUCUGUCCUGCCCGAAGUACGAAGCGACACCGGGCCACCCCCUACAGACGGCAUGGUUCAGAUGAGAUUCUUCAAGAAACAAGCUAGCUCUAGCUAGUACAUGCGUGCGUCGAAGCAGUCACAAAUAACAGAAGUUGUAAGUGCUCAAGUUCAAAAGCAAUAAAUACACGGGUCCGAUUAACAUCAAUCAUGACCACACCCACACGAUGACGAUGAGAUGUUUAAGUACUUGCAGCGUCUGAUCUAUCAAUUUCGUCGUGACAGUAAAAAGUUACCGUGUGACACUUGAAGAGAAAAGUCUCCUUAAUAUCGCGGCCACGUUGUACUCACACAAUUUGUCGAACACGAUGCCUUUUGGAUUUGAAAUUGCUUCAACACAUCGCAUAUGAAUUGAAAUCUACGUAACUGUACUUACGAAAUUGUGCUUGUUGAAAUUUUGUUUUAUUUAUAUGCAUCUUAUCAGGCUUGAAAACUAACAGUGGCACAAGAAGCGUAUUUUUGUUUGCGUUCUAGGUUGCAGCGAUACUCGGCUCGACAGACGAGGUGAAGAACACGAAGAGAUAGGAUUGCGUGUCGCCUUAGGU